AUGCCUCUCCUUCUGCUACCGAUGGUCUUCUCAGACUUUGACGAGAUUAUUGCACAAACACGAACCGCCCCCGUAGGCAAUGACCUUGUCGCCAACCCCGUUCCAACUUGCUGGCCAGUGAAAGAUCAAGAAAGCGCCCACGCGCGAGCAAAAUGGCAUCUCGAACGACAACGUGAACGAUUCCUCCAAGACAAAACAGCUUUCUAUCUGAAGGUGGUGGACACCGACGACAACUUUAACAUAGCUGGCAUCGCUCGUUGGCACUACUACCCAGAAGGAUACUCGUUUGAAACACAUGGUCAUUGGGAGAAGUCGAAUUGGGACACCAGUGUUGAUACCACUGCUUGGAACUGGGAACUGCAUGACCGCAUCCUGGAGUUGCGCGAUCGAUCAAGAGAGUCAUGGAUGUUGCCCGCGAAAUCACCUUGCUGGAUCUUGACUCAUCUUGUCACUUUGCCGGAACAGCGAGGACGAGGAGUUGGAAAGAUGCUCGUUCAAUGGGGGAUGGAAUGUGCUGUCAAGAGCGGAUUGAAAGCGUACUUGGAGGCAGGUGUCAUGGGCAUGGAUCUGUAUGCUCGUUGGGGCUUUGGCACGGUCGGCGAAGCCAUCCUCAUCAAGGAUUCGUAUGGCCAAGUUCUGUUCCAGAUGGCGAAGAUGGUUUAUCCGACCAAAUGA